CCUUCUGGCGUCGGAGGAGGAGGAGGAGGAAGAGAGGGCGGCUUGGCGAGGUGGGUCCCAAACCUUCCCGCCAAGGUCGGUUCCAUCAGAGAGGGAGGGAGAGCGAGGGUGUGGGUGGCCGUGUGCUCCUCUCGCGGUCUUAACCGAUCUCCAGGGUCUGGUUUCUUUCCGAGAAUUGUUUCUUCUUCUCGCCUCUAAUAGGCGGAGAAAAAGGGAGGGAAAAAGGGUCCUCUUUGUGGGCCUUGGCGUGAUCGUGCCACCAACCCAGUCUUUGGGACCUCGUUUCUUUCUGCUUCCUGUCAUCGUUUUGGGAAGAAAGAGUGGACCUUUGGCGUGUCUGCUAUCUCGCCACCAGUACAAGGUUCUCGCACAGGAGUGAUCUAAUAAAGAUUACAAUAUACCAAUAAGAGGGUGGAGAUGGGGAAAAAAGGGAAGUGGUUUACUGCGGUCAAGAGAACCUUGAUCUGUAACUGCUGUCAAGGAGAACAAAGGGAGAAUCUUGGUAAAUCCAAGCAUUCUGAUCCACUCCCUACAAAAGAAGUGGAGACUGCUGCUCACGAUGAUGCUCAACUGCUGCCGCUGGCUCCCAUUGAGGGGGUUAAGCUGACAGAGACGGGGGAUGAAGAGAGCAAGCAUGCCAACUCGGGGGCACUUGCCAGUGCUGUUGCUGCAGAGGCUGCAGCUGUUGCUGCAGAGUCUGCAGCUGUUGCUGCUGAAGCAGCAGCGCAGGUCAUCCACCUCACCACCUCAAUGACCGGGCUCUUAGGUGAAUCGAAAGAAGAGAUUGCAGCCAUCAAGAUCCAGGCUGCGUUCCGGGGGUGCCUGGCAAGAAGAACACUACGAGAUUUGAGAGGAUUUGUUAGGUUGAAGAGAUGGGUUGAUGGAAAUUCUGUCAAGUCUCAGACUACUAACACAUUGCAUUCCAUGGAAACAAUGGCAAGAGUUCAGACACAGAUACGCUCAAGGAGGAUCAGAAUGACAGAGGAAAACCAGGCUCUUCAGAGGCAUCUGCAACGAAAACAUGAUAUUCAACUAGCAAAAAUAAAGAUCAAUGAGGAAUGGGAUGAUAGUCUUCGGUCCAAAGAGCAAAUUGAAGCAAAUAUACUGAACAAACAAGAAGCUGCUAUAAGAAGAGAAAGGGCACUGGCUUAUGCAUUUUCUCAUCAGUGGAAGAGCUCUUCCAGAUCCUCGACUAUGGUUCCCACAGACCCGAGCAAUCCACAAUGGGGUUGGAACUGGUUGCAACGCUGGAUGGCAGCAAGGCCAUGGGAGAACCACAGAACGACAGAGACCAAGGAUGAUGCCACCAUUAAGAUAGCCAACUGCAGCACCGUAGGACAGACAAUGAAGCGCCAUGACACUAGCAUGGAACGCACCUCAUCAGCAGCUCAUAAAUCAAGCCGGCCUCCCAGCCACCAGUCACCUGCAACUCCACAGUCUAAGCCAUCAUCGGUCAUGAACAGAAAGAAAUCAGUGAGCCCCCCAAGACUUAGUCGGUGCUCUGCAGAUGAUGACUCAAGGAGCAUGCUCAGCCUGCAGUCUGAGCAGCCAAGGAGGCGCAGUUCAUCGGCAAGAGACAAUGAGAGCCUGGUGAGCUCGGUGUCCCUUCCAAGCUACAUGGCAUCCACAGAAUCAGUGAGAGCCAGAUCUCGCUUCCUUAGCCCGCAAAGUGAAAGACAUGAAACUCUAAAGGAGCGAUUAAUUUGCUCGGUGAAGAGGCUUUCUUUUCCUAUGACUGACGUGAACAGUAUAUCACCUCCUGCAAGAAUUCCCAAGGUAGAAAUUUCCCCAUUGAAGGAUGUAGCUAUCGAGAAGGAACAAGAAGCCAACAAUUGAGAGAGCCUUGGUGGUUUGUGGUGACACAGCAUUAGCUACUAAGUGCACUGUUGUAUGUGUGGGGAUUGUUCUUGAGGGUUGUGUUCAUUGUUGUUGAUAUGGCUUGUUAUAGUGAGCUAAUGGGGAGCGAUUUGGCUUUUAUCGCCUUCGAUCUUUAGUGAGAGAUUAUCCAUCAGAAACUGGUUUGUAAUAGCAUCCAUUGCUGAAAUGUUCUUCACCAUUUGUUUCCA